UGGACGGCACUUUUCGAUGGCCGUAGGUUUCGUCUUUCCAUAUAAAGAGAAAAAAUCAUGCAUGGAGAUAACGAAUAUAAAUAAACCGAGCGCGCGAAUUGGCGGUUUUCCGGAGAGUUUCGUAGAAACUACCGCGUGUUUCGCAACCGCAAUCACGUUUGCAGGGUUGUCAGAGCUAGAUAACUGGUUUGGCGGUACGAACGCUAGUUGAGAUUCGCGCCCAAGGUUUCAGUAAUAAGAAAUGGCUGCUGUUUUGAGGAGAAAAUUCCGUAUCGUGCUGAAUACGAUUGCCGGCAACGGAAAUUUACCGUUUCUUGUAACCGCACGGACCCUGUCAAGAUCAUUGGUUCAACAGGAUCUCAGUGAGGGAUGGAUUAGUAAGCUCUUGGUGAGGAAGAUUGAACCCACAAAAGAAUCUCACUCGCGGAUGCUCUCCGACAAGGAGGUUAUUUAUGCACUGCAUACUCACAACAUUCGACCUGACUCGAUUGACAAAUAUUUGGCUAAUUAUGAAGAAAAUGUCAAUCUUAUACAUUCAAAAAAAUCUGAAUUGAGUUGCGAAUUGGUUGGCUCUUGGACAGUAGAAGUGGGAGAUUUGGAUCAAGCUUUACACUUGUGGCAAUGUACCGGUGGAUAUGAACGUAUAGAUCAUGCACAAGCUGUGUUAUCCAAAGAUGAAGCUUAUCAGCGAUUACUCAAAGAACGUGGAAAUUACUUGAGAUCCCGUCAUUUGCAGUAUCUUUUGGCAUUCAGUUAUUGGCCACCACUGGAAAAACGGAAAGGCUCUAAUAAAUAUGAAAUACGCAGUUAUAGUUUGAAACCAGGUACAAUGAUAGAAUGGGGAAACAAUUGGGCUAAAGCUAUCAAUUACAGACGUAACAAUGAUGAACCAUUUGCUGGUUAUUUUUCACAAAUUGGUCGACUAUACAAUGUGCAUCAUAUUUGGUGUUACAAAGAUCUCCAAUCCCGUAAGGAAACACGCGAAAGUGCAUGGAGAUCUCCUGGUUGGGACGAAUGUGUCGCUUAUACUGUACCUUUAAUAAGAGAAAUGCAUUCGCGAAUAUUAAAUCCAACUUCGUUUUCGCCAACACAAUAAAGGUUUUUGUGUGUAAAAAAUGAACGCAUUUGUAUAUUAUUGGUUAUUUCUAUACAUAUUAUAUAUACUAUCUGUAUUGUAAUAUUGUAAAAACACAUUUGUUAUAUGUAUACAUUGUAGAUGUAAUAUUGUAUAAACAUACGCGCAACAUAAGAGCUACAAAUUUUUGUUGUAUUAUAACUGACAGGUCAUAAUUUGUUACUGACUUGACGCAGUGCAACAAGUGUUAUAUAAAUAUAAAUUGUUUUUAUCAUGUAAGAUGAAACAUGUAUGUAUAAAGGAAUAUAAAAGAAAUAGUGUUUAUAAUUUGCGUUUCUUCUUUAUGGUUACUCUUAUAUGACUCUAUAAUCUUGAGUGUAAUUGAUAAAUAAAACCAACACGUUUCUAUACAAAUAUAUUAAAACAAAUUCCAUAAAUUUGACAAUACGUACGUGUAAUAAACACAGUUACUUCAAUUUCUUAUAAUGUUAACACGCUUUUGAGAUAAGUGUUUUUUUGUGUUGAUAAAUAUAUUUUUUGCGUAAUUUGUAUA